AUUAAUUUUAUUACUCAUAGUGGCUAUUUACUGCUUGUCAUAAGCAAUGGUAUUGUUUGCUGUGAUACUGAAUCUUACAUUUUUCAAAGCCAACCCACACUCAGUUAAGUAAUUCCUAUCAUACUUUCCUCAGGGAGACAUACUGAAGUAAUAUGGGUGCAAAGGAAUAGACUUGCUGGAUGUAACACAGUAAAUCUUUAGCAGAACUAGAAAACAUAGAGAUUUCUAGAUCUUUCUGGCUCUAGAAUUACGAAUUAUAGUCUGUCAUGAUGCUGUGUAAUGUUGAAACUUUGCCAGGUGGUUGUCAGGGACUCAUUCAGUGAGUUGUGCAGUCUAAGUUGGAAGCUGGAGAGGACAGAGCUGUGCUACCCAUAAUUAUAAAACAUGAUGGGUUGUGUUAAAAUACUUGCAGGGAGCCAGACUCCACAGUUUUUAUGUAUGUAUGUAAGCAUGGUAGGUAGCUUUUAUGUUUUAAUGGUAAUUGUGGUGAGAGGAAGAUGCAAGAUUUGCUUAUGGCAUUAGCAGGAUUUCUAAUUUUGCUCUGGAUGGCAACUUUUGCAAAUGAGCUGUGAGAAUUCAGAUCUCUCUAAGUGACUAAGUCAAGGGCUCACGUCCGUGAGGGGUGCGUAUGCGGGGACUUGAAUACUGCUGUUCUCCCUUGCAGAGAACUAAGAUCUUCUGAGGCUAUAAGCAGAAUCCCUGGAGGUGAAGGACAGGAGUUGGUGGGACUUGUGCUGAGGUUCCUGAUGCUUGUGAUUUACAGUACCUGUAGCUGUUGCACUAAAUCUACCAUGAAACUCCCGAAUAAUGUUUGCAACAUGUCUGUGCAGUCGCUGCUUUGUGAAAGAAUUGCUGUUGCCAAAGAAUUGAUCAAGAGAGCGGAAGCCCUUUCCAAGUCCCAGAAAAGAAGAAUAGAAGGUGGGGCAAAACUAUGUGGCAAACUGAAGGCUGAGCUAAACUUCUUAUACAAGGUGGAGGCAGGGAAGGUGGCCAUUAAAGAAUCCCAUCUGCAGAGUACAAACCUUACCCAUCUCCAAGCCAUUAUUCAAUCAGCAGAGAACCUGGAGGACAUUGUCAGUGUCCUCCAUGUAUUUGCUUAUGAGGACAGGUUUGGCGACAAACAGACACUGGUGGUAGAUGUUGUUGCAAAUGGAGGUCACACGUGGGUGAAGGCCAUCGGUCGGAAAGCUGAGGCCCUGCAUAACAUCUGGCUGGGGAGAGGCCAGUAUGGUGACAAAAGUGUUAUUGAGCAGGCAGAGGACUUCCUACAAGCGAGCCGUCAGCAGCCAGUGGAGUACAGCAAUCCCCACAUAAUCUUUGCCUUCUACAACAGCGUUUCCAGUCCUAUGGCAGAAAGACUGAAGGAGAUGGGAAUAUCUGUGCGAGGAGACGUUGUUGCUGUGAACUUACUAGCGGAGCCAUCUACAGAAAACCAGCACCUUAGUGCCAGUGAAUCAGAUGAAGAAGGCCCUGAACUCCUGCAGGUGACCAGAGUAGACCGGGAGAAUUUAGUGGCCAGCAUUGCUUUUCCUACCCAGAUCAAAGUAAACGUGUGCAAUAGAGUUAACUUGGACAUCACUACCUUAAUAACCUACGUUUCCGCUCUAAGCUAUGGCGGCUGCUACUUCAUCUUCAAAGAAAAAGUGCUAACAGAGCAAGCGGCUCAAGAAAGGAGAGAAAGAGUCCUGCCUCAGCUGGAAGAGUUCAUGGAGGGCAAAGAGCUCUUUGCCUGUGAAUCUGCUGUCAGAGAUUUUCAGUCCAUCUUGGAAACGCUGGGAGGACCUGGGGAGAAAGAGCGAGCUGCAUUGCUUGUUAAAAGAAUUAAUGUGGUGCCAGAUCAGCCAUCAGACCGUGCCUUAGGACUAGUGGCUAGUUCAAAAAUCAACAGCCGUUCUCUUACCAUUUUUGGGACAGGAGACACUUUAAAAGCCAUCACCAUGACAGCAAAUAGUGGUUUUGUGAGGGCAGCGGCUAACCAAGGUGUCAAGUUCAGUGUUUUUGUCCAUCAGCCGCGAGCAUUGACAGAAAGCAAAGAAUCUGUUGCCACGCCUUUACCAAAGAGCUGCCCACCUGAUAAUGGACUAUAAGUCAUUUAAUGAGUUAGUCAUUGAAAUAUUGCAGGUGCUGCAGUGGAAGCAUUUGGAGAAACAGAAGAAUCAUGACAAUACACUUUUAGGUCUCUAUCAGUGAAGACAGUAACUGUAGCAGUGGAAGGGUUCCUCAUGGGAUUUGCAAUAUCUUUACUCAGUCCUUAGGUUUUUAUUUUGUGCAGCUGACCGCUUAUUUAUUCACUAAGGUAAUAAGAUUUCAGUGAAAAUUAACUGGCUUACAGUAUAUUAAUUGUAUCUAUCCCUAUUAAAAAGUUCAGUUAAAGCACA